UUCCAGAGACUGAGCAACAUUUUUGUUCACUGAACAAUUUUACAGACUGCCAAGGUAAAAUCAGAUUACAAAGAUCAACGAUGAAGAUUUAUUUCAUCAGUUUACUCCUGCUUCUGGCAUGCCUGUACCCAAGUUUGGCACAAGGUUCUUUUGAAAAUUGUUGCCUAAAGUAUUCUAAGGAGCCUAAGAUGAGCAUCAAAAGAAAAAUUGUGCGCUUCAGGAUUCAGGAGAGUGAUGGAGGAUGCAACCGCUCCGCUGUUAUAUUCACUGUUCUGAAGAAGAAAACAUCGGUGACAUUCUGUGCUGACCCCACAAAGUCCUGGGUGAUGAAAAUGGUGAAAAUUUUAGAAACCAAGGUGGAAAACAACUGAUUGAAAUCAUUCCAAUUGUUUUUAUCUGUGUGGUGAUCAUGAUUUAAAAAAGAGAGAAAACAGUUAAUAUAGCUUGAGCUGAGUGUUAGCAGUUCAUAAAUUUUUGACUGGAUUCUUUUCAGUUCAGUGUUCGCAAAUUACUGCAUUGUAAAAUAAUAGAGCUGGAGGUUCUAUACUUCUAAUGUACUGCUAAGUGCUGAGUCCUUCUGGUUUCAAGACUUUUCAUCUGUUUGCUUUGUUCUGUUUCACUAUAAAUAUAUGUAUGUUUAAUUUCUUUUUAUAUUUGAUACCACUGUAUUUUUUUGUAUUUUUCAUUCACGUUCCAUUAUGUUACAUUAGUCGUGUGUGUGUGUGUGUGUGAGAGAGAGAGAGAGAGAGAGAGAGAGAGAGAAUUAUGUGCUUCAUAAUAAACCAACAUAAAUAUUUCCUUAAGAUUUGUCUGUGAUAUUAUCUGACUGUUAAAUGCCAAUAAAUAAGUUCAGUGAUAAGAUCAAUCAAAAAUAA